ACUAUGGCGUAUUCGGAGUUGUUGUCUAGUACAUAGAUAGAACCUGCUAUAAUCUUCUUUUCAAAUAUUUUAAACAAACCAUGGGUCAAUUUUACAGCAGACCGAAUGAAAGGGUCGAAAAUGUUGAUUUGGGCCUCAUAUAUUCGUACCCGCCAAAAUCAGGAAAUUAUUUUUCAAGCCAUUUCAUCAUGGGCGAUCAGACGUUCGCUGGUACGCAGCCAGAAAGCUUUCUUUUUGGUGAGAACAACGAAUUAAAUCUUCUAUCGUCUCGUCCAGUGUCGUUUCCCUAUCCUGAAGCACACAAAUCCGAACCUACGAAAAUGUUACGAAGUUUGGUCAAUCUGCGAAAGGAUUCCCUUCGACUCAUCAAAAAUGUUGAGGAGAAUGCUGGCGAAGGCGAAACUGACACGUACUACCUCGAUUUUGUCUUUGAUGCUGAUGUGAAGUGUUCAAUAACAAUUUAUUAUCUUGCAUUUGAAGACCUGUCUUCAGGUCAUGCUGUUUACACUACAAAUGACGGCUCUUUAUCGUCUCGUGUGUUUGAGUUUGACAAAGGCGCGAACCAAUCUUUCGGAAAACAUGGAAGAUUUCAUCUCAUAAAGCCAACUCAAUUCAAAGAAUCCGAGUUGAUUUACUCAGAAACAACCAAUCACAUUCCAGUUGUCAUUCAAAUUUCUGCAUCGGAAGAAGAGUUUAAUGGACACUGUAAUAUAACUAUGGCUAACAUUGAAAAGCUUUCUGACGAGUCAUUUACAGUGAAACUCAUUAAACAAAAGCAAAUGGUCGAUGGCUUGUGCUAUUUGCUUCACGAGAUAUACGGUUUGGAAAGCAAAGAGGAGACCGAAAAUGACCAGGACAAGCAGGCAGACCAUUUUGACGACGAAUACGAUGAUUACACAGAUGAAAACGUCGUUUGUGUGGUGUGCAUGAGCGAUACACGUGACACUCUCAUGUUACCUUGCAAACAUCUGUGCGUCUGUAGUGACUGUGCUUCAAGUUUACGCGGCGGAUCAAAUAACUGUCCCAUUUGUAGAGUUCCAUUCCACGCCUUGUUACAAAUCUGUGCGUAUCAGCGAUCGGGUACAAAUUCAAGAUCGCAAGAUCCUUAUCCUGGAUAUGAGAAAGUUGACUUAUUUGAUGCUUUGAAUGCCUUCAAUAUUGUCAAACGACGCGAAAGUGCCCGUGAGAUUGUACGACGUGUAAGUGCGCGCAGAUCUCGCAGUAGACCAACCACGCCCAAACCAUCUCAGUUGAACAACGAGAAAAUGACUCGUCUUUCCUCGUCGCGAUACUCGCGUGGUUCUACAGACGGAUCACGCAAGCGAGACCGCGGUGAUGUGUCCAGCGAACAAUCGGAGUCCAUCAGCAAAACGUCUUUACGUAGUUCCUCGCGCUCCUUGAGGACUGGUUUGGCAAAAUCGCACGUGGUCGAGUUGGACGACAGCAACUGUGUUGUUGACGUGAAAUCUCAGUCUGCGUCCGUGGAUCGUGUGCCAAGCGUGGAAGAUGGAAUCGAGGUGGGGCAGGAUAAUUUGGGAAUGGAUUCGUUGGAGGAAGAAACAAGAAGAUCGCGAGAGGAAAGGAGAGGUUCCACAGAAGUUUGUGAGAUCGACGAAACAGCCGCUGAUGAACCUUUGCCUGCUGCUUCACCGACUAGGAAUCUUGCUGGCUCAGGUUCCGAUACCCCCGACGUUGCACCCCCACUCUCGGACCCCGAGGAUCCGGUCGAGUCGAUCACGGAGGCUAUGAACCCUUAUAAUCUACCUCUGCCUGGAACUCCGCUGGACAGAGACCUUGAAAGUGCGGGUGCUGAAAGUGAGCCCCCUCUCGAGAGGUCAGCGGAUGAUGAAACAAAAAUGGAAACUUUCAUUGUGUAAAUAUGUAAAUAUAACCGAAAUCCAGCGCUUGUGGUCGACAAACUAUUUCAAUGAACCUCAAAAUUUUUAAAACUGCCGCCGACUGCUAGGAAAUAAUCUACUAGCACGUAAUCACCAGAGAUAAGGCAUUUUUGACAAUUGCACGCAAUUCUUUGUGACAUGCGAGACUCGUAUCACCCAAGUUGAAAUAAUUAUGCAAAAUUUUCCUCUAAUAGAACUUCGUACAUUCAAUGAUUUUAUGGUCAGCACAAUA